AUGGCGCCACUUUAAAGUUCUAAAUAUUUUAGUCUCUUCUUGUUUUCCUUUGGAGAGCACGUGGAAUACUUUUACAAUUUACUUUUUUAUGUUUAUGUAGUUUCUUAAUAUUUAACUGUAUUAGCAUCGCAACCAAGAUGGUUGUAAUCGGAAAGAAAAAGUAUCAGUCUGGAGAAGGAGCGCAGUUUAUGACGAGGAAAGCUGCUUUGAAAAAAUUACAGCUUUCUUUGAAUGAUUUUCGUAGGCUAUGUAUAUUAAAAGGUAUAUACCCAAGAGAACCCCGUAAUCGUAAAAGGGCUCAAAAGGGUGAGCCUGGUAUCAAGACAUUGUAUCAUAAAAAAGAUAUUCAAUUUUUAUUGCAUGAACCAAUAAUAUGGAAACUAAGAGACUACAAGAUAUUUAAUAAAAAAGUGGCGAAAGCUAGAGCAUUGAGAGAAUUUUCAGAUAUGAGGAGAUAUUUAGACAAUCAUCCCACUUUAAAAUUGGAUCAUAUUGUCAAAGAACGCUACCCAACAUUUAUUGAUGCCCUGAGAGAUCUGGAUGAUUGUUUGACGUUAUGUUUUUUGUUCAGCACAUUUCCAUCUCUUAGUCACAUACCGAGAGAUCAGUCUUUAUUAUGCAGGAAACUGAGCAUAGAAUUUUUACAUGCUGUAAUUGCUGCUAAGGCUCUGCGCAAAGUAUUUGUAUCAAUUAAAGGAUAUUAUUAUCAAGCUGAAAUUAAAGGUCAAACAAUUACUUGGAUUGUACCACAUCACUUCUGCUUUGAGCCUCAAGCAAAACAUGAAGUAGACUUCAAAUUGAUGGCUAUAUUUGUGGAAUUUUACAUUAUAAUGUUGGGCUUUGUUAAUUAUAGACUCUAUCACACACUUAAUUUGUAUUAUCCUCCAAAACUCACUACUAGUGAAAACAAUGAAAAGACACUUGUGGACGAAGAGGCAUAUGUAGCAGAAAGAAUAAGUGCAUUAAAUGUAUCACUGGUAACACUUGAUCCUACUGUGCAGAAUGCAGAAGAUGACGGCUUGGAUAUAGAUCAGUUUGCAACUGAUGGUGACGCGACGAAGUUGGAGGAGGCCAAGGCAGAAGCAGAGAAAGUUAAAAAGUUGAAAACAUUAUUCAAAGGUCUAAAAAUAUUUUUGAAUAGAGAAGUGCCGAGAGAAUCAUUAGUUUUUGUCUUGCGUUGCUUCGGAGCCGAUGUAUCUUGGGAUAAAUUACUGUUCGUUGGGGCAACGUUCGACGAAACUGACGAAACAAUAACUCACCAGAUAGUGGACAGGCCUAACAUGACCAUACAGUAUAUUUCCAGGUAUUACGUACAACCGCAAUGGGUUUUCGACUCUGUUAACGCCAGAGAAUUGUUGCCUGUAGAAAAAUAUUUAAUGGGCUGCGUUCUUCCGCCUCAUCUUUCGCCGUUCUCAGACAGCCGGCACGACCAGACGUACAUUCCUCCUGAGGAACGUGCUCUUAUGGAUCACGAUUUCAAACUGAACGAUGAAGACAGCGCGUCCGAAGAAGAGGGCAACGACGACGAGAAGGAAGAGGAAAAUCCACAAGACGAAAACGAGGACGAUGAAGUGGAAGUGAAGCAGGAAGAAGAAAAAGAAGACGACGUUGAAGAGGCGUCGACAACAGAAAACGAAAAGGAACGAAAUCGGUUGAAAAAGAAAAAGGAAAUGAAGGUGAAAAGCGGUACAGUGACGAAAGAAGAUCCACGAGAAAAAAGCCGACAGGAUAGGCAGGAGUACCGGCUCCGAGAGCGAAUGAUUAAAAAGAAGCACCGCAAUCUGUACAGGAGCAUGAUGAAGGGUCGCGAGGAGAGGUCCAAGGAAAUAUGGUUGCUCCGGAAGAAGAGGCGCAUUCACGAUCAAACCGAGAAACAGCAGCGCAAGGAGGCACGGAAAAAGAAGAAAGCUGUGUCUGCCGAAUAAGAAGAAAGAAAAGAACAAUAAGAAAAGCAAAACGACGAAAGACUCCAAUUAAUAUUAACAUAAAAAUAGUAUUCCAACUUUGUUCUGUAUAUACCCGAAUCGGACACGUUAACAUUAACAUCUCACAUUUCUCUUUUAUGGUUGUCAGACGCAAGCCCGGAUAUGAAUUCCAGAAAAAAAAGUAUAUUUCACGCGAUCACAAGCCUUGCAA